AUGGUCUACACUAGCCCUCCUGAAUUCCACGAAAUGGCGAGCAAACCAUCCUCCACAUCUACGCCCACAGGCAUGUCCUUGCCCAACGAAACAUGGAUCAACAUCCUCGACUACAUCUACGAUACAUACACGCUCAAGUCAAUACUCUCCGCGUCGCGACAUUUCCGUGUCUUGGGGCUAGAAAUCGCCUUGCGAGUUCUUGUCUGGGACACCGCAGAGAAGACCCACAGUCGGUUGGUGUCCCUGUUGCAAAACCCGGAGAAGAGGUGCAUACCCCGAGUUAUUUCAAUGAAACUUGGAGCAGUUCCUUCGGCGGCGGACACAAUCAGCAUUUAUGAGUUGCGCGACUCAAAACUCGGUCAACUGCCGGACCUGCAAGAGGCUGUCCGUCUUCGUUCUUUAGGGACACUAUCCAAUCUGCGUUGUCUCACCAUCGUCGGAGGAUCCAUUCUCACGCAUUUCUUCGACACUUUUCGCCAACUUCGUCGUCUUGACCGGCUUCGACUCCAGUCCUGUACAGUUUGCGUGCCUCAUUCUGACGUGGAGGACUUGCUGUACGAGCCAGACUUGACGAUCACUUCCCUUGUUCUGAUCGACAUCGUUCUGUGCAACCCAAGCAGCCAGGUAUCUUCCCAACUUUGGCACAGAGUACGCGAGUUCUCAGUUAUCUCCUCCACCGAAACAACAGCAUAUGCCGAAAGCCAAGCGACGCUGUUUCUUCCUCAUUUUCCCAACCUAGUUCGCUUGCAAAUCCUGGGGGUUACUUCAGACGAAAUAUGGAUACCAACUGUCGCGGCGCCGCCUAUUCUUCCGCUUCUCCAAUCGUUUUCGGGAUCAUGGGACAUGGCGAUGAGCAUCCUGGCUUCCGGAGUCCACUUGGACCAAGUUCACCUCCUUGAUGCGAUAUCUGUCAAACAGGCAGCUCAGUUGAUAGAACGGCUCACUGCCACACGCACCCUCCAGCUCGUGCUCGAUGACUAG